UCAACCGACCGACUCCAUCAUCAGCAUCCGACGCUGACAGCGGUCGAAGACAGCAUCCUUAAUAUUACCGAGCCACGGCAUCAACGCGGAAUAAUUCAGAGCCCGACCGACCAGGACUGACGUCUCUGUCUUUUAACAUUAUUGUUUGUUGGGGCUGCCAUCUUACAAAACCGCCAAGCUGCAAAAUAGUGAGUAGCCUUUGAUGAUGGACCGCCAGGAUGCUACAAUCGUGUGUGUGCCCCCACUACCUGCAUUAGGUUGUGAUGACCCACACUACUUCCAAAUGUAUCUGUGACCCUCCCCAAUCCUGACUCCUAACCUCUAAUCCUGACCUUUGACCCCCACUAUGGGCAGUGUUGGCAGUGGGGUGGCAGGAGAGCAGGAGUUUGCCAUGAAGUCUGUGGGCACGAGGACCACCCUGCCCCGAGCACCUCCUCUCUCUCGCCGUUGCCCUGCUGAUCGCAGCUGCAGCGCAGAGCGGCUGCCACGCCCCCCAGCGACAAUAUCAGACGGGACGGCCUCUAGCGAUGAACGAGGGAGUGUUAGUAUCGGGACUGGGACCUGUACCGGGACUGACCGGCCCACCGAAACAGCCUCCUCCACCAACACUGAAUGCACCAUGACAGCCCCGUCCAACAACAACCAGUUGGACUGUGGCAACGGAGCGGGCAGGAGGGAGUGGGAGAGGCAGCGUGAGAGGGGGAGAGACAGGGACCGGGACCGAGACUGGGACCGGGAGAGGUUAGAGAGGGAACGAGAGAGGGAGAGGAACCGGGAGAGGGAGCGGGAAAGAGUGGAGAGGGAGAGGCUGGAACGGAGAAGAUAG